UAGACACACGGCGAGGUUCCUGCUGAUGUGAGGACAGGAGUGCACGGUGAAGUUUCCAGAUCGUGUCUGUGUGUGUGCCCCCAUUCUACUGCUUCGCAUUUCGGGAACAAGAAUGAUGUAAAAUGUGGGAGGGGGGCAACUGUGCAGAGGGAGGGAAGGUAGGAGUAAUGAUUGUGUUGAUGAUAGCAUAUCUCCUUCAUAGUGAUUCUGGAAAAUGUUCUAUAAAGGUGUCAAGUGAAAUGAAGGACAAAAUAUAUUUGAAGUGGACAUAACUUAUUUGUUUUUCCCUUCUACAGAGAUCUGAGAUUCGAUUAGGCCCAUAAGUAAUCUCCAGUGAUAUGUUUUAGAAGUGUGCGAAACAGUGAGACUGUGUAAGACGGAAGAGUUCGUACAAGAAUCUACAAGAACGAAGUUUGGUUCAUAUACAGUGUGAUCUAUUUUAAGAGCAGUGAUACAUGGACGGAAAUGCCGGCUUCUUAAAGUGAACUUUAUCGCGAAUGAGACGUCACUGUUUGCGGCUGAUGAAGCAGUCCUGACUGGGAGAUAGGCCAGUGAAGGCCCCCUGAAAAAUGCAACACCCUACUUCUCACUACGGGACUGCUGCAGUUCCAGGGAUGACUAGGGCGUGGGUCCCUACAGGGGCCACUGUCCCCGACUGGGGGCCCCCACAGCCCCUGCCGUCAUACUCAACACCGAUGAAGGAGAUGGAAGCCUGCCUGCAGAGCGCAGGGGACAAGUGCCGAGAUUAUACGGGCGCCAAGACAGCGGCCGGUGGGACAGAAGAGAUGAACGUGACGACCGACGCUGGGCAGGACGUCGCGACGGCGAGCAAGAAGAAGUGCGCCCUGCCGGUGCACCCCAAGCUGCUGAACGCGGGGGCCGCCCUGGAGACGAAGCCCCUAUGGGAUGAGUUUAACGAGCUCGGCACAGAAAUGAUAGUGACAAAGGCUGGCAGACGCAUGUUCCCAACUUUCCAGGCGAGACUGUACGGGCUGGACCCACUGGCCGACUACAUGUUAAUGCUGGACUUCGUGCCGGUGGAUGACAAACGGUACAGAUAUUCCUUCCAUAGUUCGAGCUGGGUGGUGGCAGGUAAAGCGGACCCUAUCUCACCCCCUAGGAUACAUGUGCACCCCGAUUCACCCGCGACAGGAGCGCAGUGGAUGAAGCAAGUUGUGACCUUUGACAAGCUGAAACUGACGAACAACCAGCUGGACGACAACGGUCAUAUCAUCCUCAACUCUAUGCACCGCUACCAGCCCCGGUUCCAUGUGGUGUACAUCCCCCCCAAAUCGGAGCUGACGGAUGUGGCUCUAACAGAGGAAUUUAAGACGUUCAUCUUCCCCGAGACGCGGUUCACCGCCGUCACAGCCUACCAGAACCACCGGAUUACACACCUGAAGAUCGCCAGUAACCCUUUCGCGAAAGGAUUCAGAGACUGUGAUCCUGAUGAUUGCGGUGUGGAUGUCCUCAAUCAUCCUCAGCUAGGGACAUACCAGAGGCUGAGGAAUCCUUCCAGGUGCAGCAACCGUGCGCCAUCUUGCAGUGUCCAGUUUGGCACCAAGGAAACCAAAGAGGACGACGGAGAGACGUCGGCGUCGGCGGCGCCCCCACCCCGGACGUCUCCGCACACGGCCAACACUAGCACCGCUCCUGCGAUGCUGACUGCCAGUCCGUCGCUAGGCCAGCCCUACCCCGCGGAUCUUUGCAGUUACGGCCCCAUCUACCAUCACCACCACCUGCACCAGACAGCCUACAACUCUAUCAGCGCUGGCGGGCUGUCCGGCGGACCUAGCGGGUACAGCAAUCCUAUGAAGUCCCCUACAUCCACUGCCUCACCAGCCGCUGUAUUGAGAACAGGCUCCAUGGUUUCCACGGCAACGCCUAGUCCCUAUGGGGGUCGAGGGGCCACAGUUAGUCCCUCAGCAACGGUGGGGCUCUACCAUACUGCUGGAUAUCACCACCAAGGUUUCUUCUCCACUGCAACGGGAAACAACGGUAGUGGCGUCGCGACGCAUCACAGACCCAGUGCUUAUCACGAGUACACACCGAGAUAGCGCAAUGCGAGUGCAAAACCUUGUUUUGUGGAUAAAUUGUUUCGGUUUUCCUCUAGGAAGAUGAAGAAACCAGCCUUCCGAUGCUUGUGUUUCCUUCAGUUAUCCGUGUAUCAAUGACCAGAACUGCGCUGAUAAAUUUUCUUGACGAGAUCUAAGUUCGGUUACGCAGAAGUGAAAAUAUUUCGGAAAGUCAACAAUAUUCAGCUGAAGUGAAAACAAAUAAUAACGGGCUCAGAAAGAAGAUUUAUUACGCAGAUAUAACGCUAAUGUUAUCAAAAUAGACAAGGGCCUACUUAGGUGGUACAGUUUUUCUUUCGGUUAACAUUCUUUUGUUAGGCCAGACAUUGUAAUUACUAACCUGAAGUGAAACUAGACAAUUAGGCCAACAGGAAAAAUAUAUAGGGCAGAUAUGAAUAUAAACGCUACUUAUUGAAAAGCUUGGACAACACGAAUUUUCAUUAGUUGCCAUAUAUGUGAAGUUAUUAUGUGCUUUAUAGACCAUAAACUUUUAUAUUAUUAAAAUGAACUGAAACCAAAGAACAAUGGACCGAAGGGAAAAGUUAUAGGGGUGAGUGGGCCUCUGAUCAAAUGAUGCCGAACUGCUACAGAAAAAUUACUUUGAUUUUCUUUACAUGGAUAUUAUAUUACGAAUUCCUUUGUCUGAUUUUCUUUCAUUAAAAACUGAAUUCGAAACACAGAACAAUGGAUUAGUAUUCGAAAUUUGUCCUAAACUUUGAAUUAAAUCAAAUUAUGGAUAUAUGAAGUCAGUAUGCUUUUUAAAUUUUCAAGCAGUAAAUUAAGUCGUUCGGGGUGUCCAAAGCCCUAAAGUAUUUUGCGUUAUUUAACGGAAUAAAAACCAAAAAAUUGACGGUAAAGAAGUGAAGAUGUAAGUGGAAUAAAUAUGUAAAUUUAUUACGAAAAUAUCAGCUGUGUAAUCAUGUGAUUCGGUUAGACAGAAUUAUAAAAAUAUUGUGCUUCUGCUAGGACAUAAAAGUUCAUAAUAUUCAACGGAAAUAUGAUAAGCAGUUAAUUAAUUAAUUACGAAAGUAUCGGAGUGCUGUGACUUUUCUACUGCACAGAAUUGAAAAAUUAUUAUGCAUACGCUAGGACAUAAACCUUGGUUAUAUUUAUCUGAAACGAAGUCAUCAAGAAUUUUGUAUGAAGCUCACAUUGAAUUUUUGCGGUCUCAUCAAACAAUCGAGACUGUAAAUUACGUCUCUGUUAACUUCCGUUUCGGAGGAAUCUUGAGGUUCCUGUGUUGAGAGAGAGAGAUUUACUUUGCGACUGGCGGUUUACCUCCAAUCAGUUCGUCUUGGUGUCAGAUCCCUUGAGGCCCAUCUCUCACGACAGUUCUUCUAUUGUUACAUCACGUAGAGAACCGCAUAGAGAACACCGCUUCCAAGUUACUCCAUUGUUGCG